GACAAAGUAGAAGUACCACGUUUUUGUGUUGCUUACUACAAUUGUUUGUAUUUAGUAGUGCAAAAGCACACAUUUUUGCGUUAAAACAGCUUGAAACGUUGCGAGCCUUUGUGCCCUUUCGUCUGCGAGUGAAAACCCACCAGGAAAGCCUUCCAACAUGACUGCUCGUUGCAAAAAGCGGCGCAACAAAAACAAUGCCAUCCGCCGGGCCAAAAACAAGGUGAAAGAGGUAAAGAAAUUGAAGAAAAUGCUCGGAUUCAUCGAAGAGGAUGCAACCGAAGGGAAUUUGAUGGACAAACUGAAGGAAAUUACCGAGCAGAAGAAAAAGGAACAGGAGCUGGAGUUAUUGAAGAAGGAAGCGCUGGAAGAGCUCAUCAAAGAGGAAACCAAGGAGAUAGUCAACCACGAGAAGUACGUUACGGUGGUUCACCCGAAGACGAACGUGGAGCACAAGUACAACACGAAAACAAAACGGGAUCAGUUUGGCCAGUACCCGGUCUGGUAUAACGCGAGGAAAGCGCGUAAGAAGCAGCUGCUUCGCGAGGGUAAGGCUACCAAGCGCAAGCAAUUCCGUGGAAAACGUAUGCACUUCAUCGACCGGACAUGCAAUUGGAAGGCACUGCUUGGGAAAUAAACCGAAACCGUGAUAUUGUUAUUAGUAACACAAA